CCCCAAGCCGGAGUCCAGUGAGAUCCGACCAAACGCUUAUUGCUAUCGCGCUGCCGCUCGUACGUCUUCUCAGCUCCUUUCUCUUUUCACCGCCUCGAAUGAGUGCAGAUCCCUCACAAGUCCGCCCUAGAUGAUGAUCCGAACCUACUCGAGAAGAAACCGCUGCGAUUCGCGGAGCUUCUCCGAAACCUCACUUCUUGAUUCAGACUGCGGCGGAUCUGAGGACUCCGACCUCCGUGAACUCUCCUUCUCGCAAGAAAGCCACCAAGAUCGUCGCCAUGGUCUACCCGUCGCGUUCUCUUCGCAAGAGUCAUCGACCUGGUCCUUCGAUCCUGAUCUAUUGCCAUUAUCUCUCCGUGAGCCCGAAGACCCCUAUGAUGACGAGGAGCUGGAGCGGAGGACUGAGAAGGGGCGGAAGCUAAAGCGGGGAUACACCGAUGGUCUAAAGAGACCAGAGUCUGCGGUGGCUUUGUCGGAGACUUCGACGCUGUUGGAGACGCAGGAGUUUGGGGAGAUGAUGGAGCAUGUAGACGAGGUGAAUUUUUCGCUUGAUGGUCUCCAGCCUUGGCAGCCCGCUCGGAUUCGGCGGGCCAGCUUGCUCUCUUUGCUAACCAUUUGCAGCGUGGCGCAGCGGCGCCGGCUACUUAGGGCUCGGGGGAUGGCUGAUAAAAUAAUUAAUGCAAUUUUGGGCUUGAACUUUGAUGAUUCUGUGAGCACUAUUGGCGCAGCAGCUCUUUUCUUCAUUAUGGCUAGCGAUGUUGAAGAUGUCGGUCUUCUUGAUUCUCCAUCUUGUCUACGUUUUCUUCUUAUGCUAUUGAAUCCACCAAUAAGUCAUUCUGUUGAGAAGAAGCCACCAAAAGUCCGCUUCAAUCUCUUAGAAAUACACAAGCCUCAAACACUUAAUAGUGCAAUUAAAGGAACUGAUUCUAGCUCGAGAGCAAUAAUUUCAAAAGUCAAAGAAAUUCUUGUAAGUUGUAAUGAGAUUAAAUCUGGCAAUGAGAAUGUCGAUGAUAUGAAGAGGCCAGAGUUCAGCUCGAAAUGGAUAGCUCUGCUGAUCAUGGAGAAAGCAUGCUUAUCUACUGUCUCUUUUGCAGAUGCAACUGAGACUAUGCGAAAGGUUGGUGGAAAUUUCAAGGAAAGGUUGAGGGAGCUUAAAGGACUAGAUGCAAUCUUUGAAGUUGUCACUGAUUGCCAUUCUACUCUAGAGGGUUGGUUUAAAAAGAAAUUGUCAACAGUUACAGCUUCAAAAGACGGUGACAGUGUUUCCCUUGAAAGUGCUGUCUUUCUUCUCAAGUGUUUGAAGAUUCUGGAGAAUGCAACUUUUCUAAGUAAAAACAAUCAGAACUACUUGCUAAGUAUGAAGGAAAAAUCAGAAUUUGGAGGAACGCACUUGUCUUUUGUUGGUAUUAUUAUAAGUUGCAUCAAGUAUUUAUCAGGCCUUUCUCUUCUUCAGAAUACUUCUAGUAUCUCCAGCGACGAUAAGUUAACUUGCUUUCCCAAUGGUAUUAGGGCCUUCUCUUCUUCCGAAGUUUGCUCAAAGGGGAAGAAUACAGAUGCGCAGGAUUAUUCUUCAUCUUCUUAUUGUGGCACUAAGAAUUCUCGGAUGGAGAACAUUGAAGUUUGCCUUAAACGUCAAAAGCUGUCCACGUCAAGCUUAGAGGUAUCUACAUCGCACAGUGAUGCUUUAUCAGCGUUUGGUAGAGCUGAUUGCUCUACAUCUACUUCAUAUAAUACAUCAUUUAACUGUUCAAAUGGAGUAAGCUGCUCAAGUAAUACUGGUUUAAAAGUAAAGUUACAUCCUAAUGGUAUGAAGGCGAAUUCUCAGAGUUCAAGUGGCUGGAUUUCCAUAAGGUCAACUGGUUCAAAAGUAAGUUCUAAUGUCCAAUCCAAGAGAACUCAAAUGUCCAGCUAUUUAAAAGCUGACUGUGCAAGUGAAUUUUGUGAUCCAUUUGCAUUUGAUGAUCAAUUGGGACCAUCAAAGUGGGAACAAUUAUCUUCAAAAAAGGGAAAAACUCAAACUUGCAAAAAAGCCGUUCCAGUUAAAGAAAAUUUAAUUGGAUCUGAGGCUCUAAGUGUAAUCAUAAAUGAUGAAUCAAGUCUGCCAAUUGGUGAAGUCAAUCCCCAGUCAAGUGAUAAGUCUUGUCCAACAGAAGAUGAAGAAGAUCCUGGUCUUCUGGAGGACUGCCUUCUUGCUUCAGUAAAGGUUCUUAUGAACUUAACAAAUGACAACCCUGUCGGCUGUCAACAAAUUGCAGCCUGUGGAGGUCUGGACACUUUGGCUUCCUUGAUUGCCAACCAUUUCCCAUCAUUUGACUUGUGCUUUCCUGUUAGCACUGAAACUGAAGAGAUUAGGACAUCCAUCGACAGGAGCAAUGAAUUUGGCCAUCUUCAUGAUAGAAAGUUGCAUGAUCAUCAAUUGGAUUUUCUAGUUGCUAUUCUUGGUUUGCUUGUGAACCUUGUCGAGAAAGAUAGUCUUAACAGAAUGCGACUUGCGUCUGCACGUGUUUUGAUGAAUCCGCCAGGAACCUCACCUAGUAAGGAGAUUUACAGAGAUGUUGUACCUUUGCUAUGCUCCAUCUUUAUGUCCAAUCAAGGAGCUGGGAAUGCUGAUGGAGGAGAAGAGGUUUUAGUUCAUGAUGACGAGGCAUCCUUGUUGCAAAGUCAGCGAGAGGCUGAAAUGAUGAUCAUUGAAGCCUAUACUGCUCUGCUACUUGCAUUCCUGUCGACAGAGAGUACGACUGUGAAAGAUGCCAUUGCACGCUGUCUUCCCAACCAAAGAUUACAAAUUCUUGUUCCUGUGUUGGAGAGAUUUGUGGCAUUUCAUCUGACACUGAACAUGAUAUCUCCUGAAACACAUACAGCAGUUGUUAAGGUUAUCGAAUCUUGCAAAGAAUCAUAAGAGAAAGUGGCAUUCCUGUACAGCUUUAAAUCUCCCUUAUCAUCUCAACAAAAUUUUUCUCUCCCCCUUGAAUGCACCGGGGAACCAGUUUACCUUGGCUGUUUCAGCUCGGAAAAUGAUAAGACUUCAUUUGCAUCUAUAUUCUUCUUCUAUAAUAUCUGUAUUUUCAGCCAUGAUCAGUUCUUUGGAGGUUUAAUCUUUGUUUCUUUCGUCUGUACUUUUUCAGAGCAAUGCAAUCAAAAGCAAUGUAGCGUUUGUACAGUUGUUGAUUUUUU